AUGUAUCGAAAUUUCAAGAAGAAACAUCCUGGAAAGGCACUUAAAGGGAUGCUAUGGUCAACAAUUAGGAGCAGCACAAUUGAGAUGUAUAAAAAAGCUGCUAAGGACUUGAAAGAGUAUGAUAGUGAAGCAUACAAGUGGAUAGAGAAGGCUCCUCGUCCGAUGCAUUGGUGUAAGGCUUACUUUUCUCCUCACACUAAAUGUGUCAUGAUUGUCAACAAUCUAUGCGAGCCUUUCAAUUCACAUAUACUAGAGGCCAGGGAUGAACCAAUUAUAUCUUUAUUGCAGAAAGCUAGAGAACUGAUGAUGGAAAGAAUUCAAAAAAGAAAGGCUGCCAUGACUAGAUAUCCACACUCAACUGGUCCUUUGAUUAGAAAAAUUAUUGAGGACAGAAUUGAAGAGUCUUUCCAGUGGUUCCCACAAUUCAAUGGGAUUGAUGGUUAUCAGGUAAAGUGCCCAACGAAUUCCCAGUUUGCUGUGAAUUUGAAAAAGAAGAGUUACACUUGUCGAAUUUGGGAAUUAUCUGGUUUACCUUGUACCCAUGCCAUUGCAGCAAUUAAGCAAACUGAGAAUGAUCCACAUGAAAUGAUUGCGGAAUUUCACUACAAAAGGUUAUUUUUACAGGUUUAUAAUAAUGUCUUGAAACCCAUCAGUAGCCAACUACUGUGGCCUGAGUCUAGCACUCUUCAACUCGAUCUUCCAAUGUCCACUGUCCAACCUGGGAGGCCAAAAAAGCCCUUGACUGAUGCUGACAAAGGGAUGAUUAACACUAAUUAUGCCUAUUUGGGAAAGGAACCACCCUUCAAGGUUGGUAGGUGGAAGGGUAGAAGAGGUGCAAAUGCUGGUAGAUCUAGAUCUACAAGAGGUAGAGGUGCAGCUGCAAGUUAG